AUGGCUACAUCGUCGCCACUUCUUCCCUCCUCUCCUGUAAUCUCUCUCGGCCGCAAUGUCAUUCUCCAACCCCCGCUUUCGCGCUGCGGCCAUGGACCGGGUCUAGUACUCAUGCGACCGGGCAGCCACGCACCCUGCGAACUCGACAAAAAGAGCCUGGACCCGCCCCCGGUGCAGAAGUGGGCAGAGGAGAGCUAUGCAGUGGUGCAGGUCACUCUGGAUGAGGAUUCGAAGUCCGAGUCGUUGGAUGAUCUGGUGCGGACGGGGAUGGAGGCACUAAUGUCUCUGGCUGAGUGUGAUAAGAAAGAUAAAUUCGGGCUGUUAGUCUAUGGAUCUACGGCGGACUACGUAUCCGGCUUUGGAGAGGCUCUCCGUGAUGUCGCGCGGAAAUUCACGGCAGUUGUUUCCUUCACUGAUUGGGGUAUUCAAGGUCCUGCCAUGCUGCUCCACGUUGCAGGAUUGGGGAAAGUGAAUACACAGGCAGGCGAUCACAGAAUUUAUUCGUAUCCAUCGGCCGUGUCGUCGGGUUUUAUUGUACCUGGAAAUGAUGAUUUCAGGCCCUCGGAGGCGACAGUGGCACACUCGCGGUCUCUUACUUUUCUCAAGGAGUCUCUAGAUGGACCGUAUUUCGAUCUCGAAAAGAUCUGGGACGAACACACGUACUAUGAGUUCAGUGACCGGUCAGUGGAAAAAACCAUGGCAACAAUGGUGCAGGAGCCAUAUGUGAAUCAUGUGCCGACGUUAACGGGUGGAAUCGGACAUUCCAAACUAAGUAACUUCUACCUGAACCACUUUAUCUUCAACAAUCCUGACGACACGGCUAUUGAGCUGAUCAGUCGCACGGUCGGGAUUGACCGGGUCGUGGACGAAUUCAUCUUCUGCCUGACGCAUAAUAAGCAGAUCGAUUGGCUAAUCCCCGGCAUUCCACCGACUGGAAAAUAUCUCCGUAUCCCAUUCACGUCCGUCGUCAAUAUCCGUGGCGACCGGCUGUAUCAUGAGCAUAUAGCCUGGGAUCAAGCAACUGUGCUAGUUCAACUGGGUCUGAUGCCGGAAUAUCUCCCCUUCCCAUAUGCGCUACCAGAUGGCCGCCUCCCAGGUCCAGGGAAGCGAUUCGAAUAUCGUGUACCGGCCGCUGGGGUGGAGACCGCGACUAAAUUGCAGAACGAACACCUAGUGGCGUCGAAUCAGAUGUUCGAGUAUUCGAUUCGCGAAGUGGAUGCAUGA